AUGGCAAACGAAAGCACAACAUCAAUGCAAUUUCCUACGAAUCUACCGAUUUUCAAAGGUGAGAACUACGAGGGACGGGUUGCACAAAUGAAGAUCAUCUUUAGAUUUCAAGAUGUGGAUGAAAUUGUGUGUGAUGGAGUACCUGCAUCGAAAGUGAAUGCAAAUGAUGUUCAGAAGGAUGCACAAAAGGAACAAAGGAAGAAAGAUGAAAAAGCUCUUUUCUUGAUUCAUCAACGUAUGGGUUCGAAUGUGUUCGAGAAGAUCAUUGAAGAAGACAUGUCCAAGAGAACAUGGGACAAGUUGAAGAACUUGUACGUUGGAUAUGAAAAGCUGAAGAGAGUGAAGUUGCAAAUGCUGAGAAAGCAAUUUGAGAUAACACAAAUGAAAGAAGAUGAAUCAGUUGUUGAUUUCUUCUCAAGAUUAGUUUUACUCACAAACCAGCUAAAGGUGUGUGGUGAACUAAUCAAUGAUUUGCAUAAGAAUGAGAAAGUGUUGAGAUCUUUGAUUGUAAGUUUUGAUUAUAUUGUAGUGUCUAUUGAAGAUUCCAAGAACCUAGCUGAGAUGAAGUUGGAAGAACUUCAAGCUUCAUUAGAAGCGCAUGAGAUGAGGCUGAAGUAA